AAAUCACAAUAUCUUUGGAAGAAAAACCAUGGGGCAUUGUCUUUCAAAAUCUUUAAGAGUGCAAGAUGAUCCUGACAUGCCCCCUCCAAAUAAUGAAGAGGGAAAGCAAAUAACAGAGCCUACUAGCAAGAAGGACAAAGAAUCAUCUGGAAGGACCAGGCUACCCUUGAGAGCUAGAGUACUUUCCAGAGUUUUCUCUGAGGACUUUGAAAGAGUGCAGACGAAGACACUGGAUCCUCGAGGAACAUUUAUUCGUGAAUGGAGCAAGAUCUUCCUAGUAGCAUGCUUGGUUUCUUUGUUUGUGGACCCUCUAUUUUUUCUCUUGCCAGUGGUUUCAGAUCAAGUUUGCAUUGAAACUGGACUAUCCCUUAAACUAAUCCUUACUAUUAUUAGAUCAGUUGCUGAUGUCUUCUACAUAAUUCAGAUUUUCAUCCGGUUUAGAACAGCCUAUGUUGCUCCCACUUCUCGGGUGUUUGGGAGAGGAGAGCUUGUUAUAGACCCCAAGAAAAUUGCUUUAAGGUACCUCCGCAGAGGAUUCUGUAUUGACUUCAUUGUUGCCCUGCCCCUUGCUCAGAUUCUCAUCUGGGUCAUCAUUCCCAGUGUUAAAGGUUCAGCAAUAAAUAACACUAGAAACGUGCUCCUGUUCAUAAUCAUUUUUCAGUUUGUCCCUAAACUCUUUCUUGUAAUUCCACUCACAACUCAAGUUGGAGAGGCCAUUGGUUUUGUGAUUGAAACAGCAUGGCUAAAUGCUGCUUAUAACCUGCUUCUCUUUUCGUUGUCAAGCCAUGUCUUCGGAGCCUCCUGGUAUCUUCUUUCAAUUGAGAGACAGGAAGCAUGCUGGAAAAGUACCUGUGAUCAGGAAUCGCCAUCUUGUCAGUAUGACUACUUCGAUUGCAGCUGGCUUGGAGACACUGGCAGAAAUUACUGGUUCCAGUCAAGUAAUAUCACCAAUUUAUGCACCCCAAGUACUAGCGCCUAUCCGUUCGGUAUAUAUGGUGAUGCAGUGAAUAAUAAUGUUACAAACGCUCCUUUCAUUAACAAGUACUUAUACUGCUUUUGGUGGGGUUUAAGGAAUUUGAGUACCAUGGGACAAAAUCUUUCCCCAACCACUUAUAUUGGAGAAAUAAAUUUCACCAUACUUGUUGGAAGUCUUGGGGUGGUUCUCUUUGUGUCACUCAUUGGGAAUAUGCAAAGAUAUCUCCUAUCAUCAACUAUUAGAUUAGAAGAAUGGAGGAUAAAGAGAAGUGACACCGAGAAAUGGAUGCAUCAUAGGCAACUUCCUGAAGUAUUAAGGCUUUCUGUUAAAAAAUAUGAUCAGUAUAAUUGGGUAGCCACUCGAGGAGUUGAUGAAGAAGCUCUUCUCAGUAGUCUUCCCUUGGAACUUCAGCGCGACAUCAAACGCCACCUCUGUCUUGAUCUUGUUCGUCGAGUACCACUAUUUGAGCAUAUGGAUGAAAGAAUGCUAGAUGCCAUAUGUGAGAGGCUUAGACCAGCCCUGUGCACUGAGGGUACAUUCCUUGUCCGAGAAGGUGACCCUGUCCAUGUUAUGCUCUUUGUAAUCCGAGGCUACCUCAAUUCCUACAUCAAGGAUGGAGACGGCAUUGGCUUCUCCAAUUCUUCCCUGAUUGGCCCCGGUAACUUCUGUGGCGAGGAACUUCUAACAUGGACCCUGGAAACAUAUCCAAGCAUAAUCCUCCCUUCCUCCAUUUGCACAGUGAAAGCAGUAGCUGAAGUAGAAGGGUUUGCUCUAAGAGCAGAAGACUUGAAGCUUGUGGUAUCACUGUUCAGGAAAAAACAUUGCAAGCAACUGAGGCACAACUUCAGGUUCCAUUCCCACCAUUGGAGAACAUGGGCUGCAUGUUUCAUUCAAGCAGCCUGGCGCGGGUACAAGGAACGAAAGGCAGCAGCAGAAACUAAAGGCAAUAAGAACCUGGAGACUGCUGAAGUUGAACCAUCCUUACCAGGUUCAGGGUCAGCCAUGUUUCAAGCAAUAAUGGAAGCUAGUCAUAAGAGUGGUCUGAAUUUGAGCUUCAGGACAGUGUCGGAUGAUGGCGACCCAUUGCAGAAACCUGCUGAGCCUGAUUUCUUCCUAGAUGAUAAUGAACUUAACCAGUAACACUAAGAAAAUUGGGUUUUAUACCAUCAAAGUUCUAUCCACUACUAUAUGCUGUAAAUCGACUAUUUGUAAGAUUAAGUACCUGUUAUGAAAAUAUAGGAACGGAAUGACU